AUGCACUAUGCUACUCCGCAGCUAGGCAUGAGACCAUCAAAGCGCACUUCAAACAUCCAUUCCCUUCCUCUUCCUCUUUACAAUACUGUCAUCCUUCUGCUCCUCAUUCCCCACUCAAAAGGAUUUAUCGCUAGGUUUGAAAUCAAUGAAGGUGUCCCUGUAGAAAGUCAUGUAGGCUCAUUAGCGUCGCAUAGUCACUCUCCAAGUGGCAGUUUGAUGUACAAUAAAGUCCCUAGUCCAAAGGAUGCCUCGAAGUACUUCAAUGUGGAUAAGUUUUCGGGUAGAAUCAGCGUUGCGUCUGAUUUGGAUAGGGAGGUGAUUUGUCCUCUCCCCACUCACAAACCUGAUGACGAAUGCAUCCUUCGAUUCAGCGUGACAUGUCUCAGAAUCGUCGGCAGAAGUGUUGAGGCCAUAGCCGACGUGGUGAUAACUCUGCGUGACAUAAACGACAAUGGAUGUUAUUUUGUACCCACUACAGAGCAGACGAUUCGGAUUCAAGAGAACGUUGAUGUGGACAAAGCCCGAGUUCAAUUAAACUCGCCACUGGAUCCGGAUAGUGCAAGGCUUGGACAUUCUAUUCAGUGGAAUCAAGUAAGAUUGGAAGACCCUUCGGCAACUUUCCAUCUCCAUGUGGUCCAUUCAACAACAGGAGGCAAUAUGCGCGGCUCCUAUUCCGUGGGCUAUCGACAACAGGAUGCACAGCUAUUCCUUGGUCUCCUUCGACCUCUUGAUUACGAAAGCAGUAAAUUGCAUCAUCUAACUGUUGUGGCUGGUGACGGCCUUCAUGAAUGCAAACUUCUUGUUCGUGUUGAAGUUGAGGAUGCAGAUGACAAUCUGCCGAUUUUCGAAAAAACUGUUUACAACGUAACUGUUGCAGAAAAUCUGCCUUUUAACGAGAAAAUUGUCACUGUCAAAGCUCAUGAUGCAGACGCUGGUGAGUUCGGACGGGUCUUCUAUUCGAUUGAUCCCUACCUCACGGAUCCUGCCAACGUGGAGAUGUUCCAUGUAGAUCCUGAUAGUGGUGCUAUCUUUAGAAAGAGCAACCCCACCUAUCAGGGCACAUUGCACUACCAGUUAACUAUAAAAGCCAGCAAUAACGUUCAAGCAUCUACCUCUCCACCUGCGACCUACAAUGUUGAUCAGGCCAGCUUUCUAACCAAGGUUUUUAUCACUCUGGAGGAUGUCAAUGACCACGAGCCUAUUAUUACCAUAUAUUCUCCCACUGGUUCCAAAAAAUUAACUCUUACGGAGAAUUCACCCAGUGAUCGUGAUGUUGCGAUUCUAAGUGUGGAAGAUAAAGACACAGGAGUAAAUGCAGUCGUCAAGUGUCACUUAAAAUCACAGUCUGUGCGAGGCGCUCUUUCACUGCGCCCCAUGACUUCAGAAAUGGAGUCUUUUGAUGAUUCUCCCAAGGUUACCACAAGUCGAAAGUAUAAACUACUAGCAACUCGAUCAUUCGACCGUGAACAGCAUCCUGAGAUCCACUUCACAAUUGAGUGUUGGGAUGGUGGGAAACCAAUCAUGCGGUCAAUUCAAAAAGAAACCAUCCACAUUAUUGACGUAAACGAUUGUUCACCCAUCUUUGAAAACGACACCUAUCAUUUUCGGGUGUACGAAGAUCCAAGCCCUAGCACUGCUGGUGUUAUUAGAAAUAGCAUUCAGCAAGAACAGAUUGGACAAAUUAAAGCUCGUGAUGACGAUACCGACCGGAAUGCAAAAUUACAAUACCAAUUCUCUUCCGAAUGCCCACCAAAUUUCGUUGACUUGGUUAAAUUAGACAAAGAUACAGGAAUGCUGCAUUCAACAGGAGGACUGGAUCGCGAAAAAUUCGCUUUCAUAAGCUGUAAAGUUAUUGUCAGUGAUAUGGGGACUCCACCACUUUCAAGUCAAACUGAAGUUACAAUUGAAAUCCUUGACAUGAAUGACAAUGCACCGCAGUUUGAUCACCACGAAUACAAUUUUCAAGUGGAAGAGAAUUCACGUUUGGGAACGUUAAUAGGCAUCGUUCGUGCCUUUGACAUUGAUCUCGGCACCAAUUCUAAGUUAGAAUUUAGCCUGGAGGGUGCGCAAGUUACUCAGUGGUCGAAAGAAGCUGAUAUGGAGCGACUCUUUUCCAGUGUCCGUCCAAAUAGAGAAAAAAUAAGCAGUCAGCACUUAAGCCUUUUACGAGUCGAAGCCCUGCCUGUAAGGAAACACUUUCCUGAUGGAUUGUAUGGACGCAAUUCAAGCGGCGGUGAGGCAGGCGGAAGCACCUACGAGGUUCGAAUAUACACCGCGGCUCCAAUCGACAGAGAAUCACUUGUCUUUCCUCCCGUAAUUGGUGGUGGUACUUCGUUAAUGAAUGCCUCAGCUGAGACCGUAGUGCUGCGAUUUGUGCUUCGGGCUCAGGAUUUAGGCAGCCCACGUCUUGUCAGUCGAGUUCCCAUCAAUCUGUGCAUCUCUGAUGUCAAUGACAAUGCACCAAUAUUCAUCUUGCCUCCAGUAGAUUCCGUAAAUGUUACGGAAAUUAGACUGUCUAUUCGUGAGCCGAUUGGAUUUCAGUUUGCUAAGUUAAAAGCUUUUAUUGAAUCAAUGUAG